GACCAGCUAUACAUACUGGAACGUGACCUGAACACAUUAGUUAGGGAGGAGGUUCCUCCUGAAACGUUUCCCAUCAAAGGCACAAUGAGAGGUAGAGAAAUCUGAGCUCCUCUGGCUGAUGAAGGCAUUGUUAGGCAUGCUCUGUUCACAGCUGCAAAAAUGCAGAAUCUGACAGAGCUUUCUGUCAAUGCGACUUUCCCAAAAAGCUUCUCUAUGAUUGUCAAGGUGUGUGUGGUGAUCCCGUUGUUCUGCCUCUUCCUGGGCUGCAUCGCUGUCAUGCUCCAGAUCUUUGCCUCUCACAGGCAGUUUUUGGACACUUCCCGUUACAUCCUGUUUGCUCACAUGCUGGUCAACGACACCCUGCAGAUCCUGUCCUCUGUGCUGCUCUUCCUCUGUGUGAUGGGCCAGGUGAAGUUUCCUCUUCUGUUCUGUGUCCCUCUGCUGUUUGUGUCCACCGGCACCUUUCAGAACACCACCUUGAUCCUGGCUGCCAUGUCUCUGGAGCGUUACGUUGCCAUUUUGUACCCCUUGCACCGGCCGGCCUCCUGGCGCCCAGACCGAAUCUGGAUCAUCGUUCUGAGCCUGUGGUCCAUCAGCUUCAUAUUCCCCAUCAUCGAGUUUUCCAUCGGGAAACACAAUCCGGCUGUAGAUGUCCUUUCUAGCAACAUGCUUUGCAAAGCUACUGUUAUUAACUCAUCCCCGACCCAGGGACUGUACCGACUUGCCGUGAAUGUGCUUUUCUUUGCAGUGGUGGGGGUUAUCAUCCUCUUCACCUAUGUGAGGAUUUUGCUGGAAGCCCGGAAGCUGCGGCAGGACAGAGCGUCAGUGAGCAAAGCAAUGCACACAGUGCUGCUGCAUGGCUUCCAGCUGCUGCUGUGCAUGCUUGCGUUCACUCACCCCAUUUCAGAAACUCUCAUUGUGCUUCACACAGCCUGGCUGGCUGAGGACGUGGCCUUUUUUAAUUACUUCUGCUUCAUACUGAUGCCUCGCUUUCUCAGCCCGCUCAUUUACGGCUUCAGGGAUCAGAAUCUGAGGAAGCACAUCAGGAAAAGGUUCCUCUGCUGCACAAAGAUAGACGAGGCACUUUUCAAACACUGAGUCGGCUUUUCAUCAAAUAGAAAAUGUCAGCGUUAAAACGUUUUAGUCAUGUUCAAACAUAUGUGCAAGCCUCAAAGCGGGCUUGCUGUCAACCACAUCUAUUUUGAAACAACAAUUGACUGAAAAUAAGAACGUUAAGAAAGUUUUAAUAGUGGAGGAUUUUAUGUUACGCACAAGAUGGCUUUCUCAGAGGAAUUGAUACUGAAAAGACCCAGGGGCCGCAUUCUGUGUUGUAAUCUUACAUUUCGGUGGACAAGAAGUCAAAAAUAAAUAUUUCUAACAGUAAAAUUAUGAUAGUUUUGUAAUUGUACAGCCACUGUGGGAAGGAACUUGUGGCAGAAUUCAGGCCAAAGAACAUUUCUGAACAGAUUUUAAUCAUUUCUGGCUAAUGUUGCUGAUUUGUGCCAUUUAAUAAGACUUGAAGUAAACUUGUUCUUGAAAAGUCUACCCUAAACUCAGAAUAUAUGCUAGGACUUGGCUACUCUGAAGUUGACUGAUGAUAUUAAAGGAGAAGAGGGGAAAAAAGGGGUUUGGUGUUUGUGCAAAACUAUAGAACUGCAAAAAAAAGAAUGUGCCGUUUGAAGAUAUUACAAUCUCUCCGCCAUUGCAGAUUGUCACCAUGUUCUAAUAAUUUACAAUCUUUUGUCAUAUUGUCCAUGCUGAAUUGAGAAUAAUUAAAUUGCAUUUUAUAGACCGAUCAUCAACCUUAUGGAGAAAUAAGUUCAAAUAUGUAAUGUCUUUAAAGCAUUGUUAAAUUAGUUUUUUAUUUCAUUUUACGAAAUAUAAAAAAAUCUUAUUUUCAGUUUGCCAUCAAAUGCAGCAUGAGUGCUGUACUUGUUACUAGCCUGCAGGAAAUCCACUUAAUCACACAAUCCACAGGCUUUCAUUGUGUGCAAAACCUAUAAAUUAACUGUGGGAUGUAAAUAUUAAAAUCAUUCUGUUGUGUUACUGUUUCCUUUUAUGUGCUUAAAAGGUUUAUUAUAAAAAAAACAUAUAAUUGCUUAAUAAUUGUGCUUGAAGGAAGCCAAAUAUCUCCUUUUUGACUUACAGAAAAGUUGACAGUCACUAUAAAACAGAGUAAUUGGUAAAAUGCUGAUUUUAAAA